AUUGCGCGGCGACGGCGGCAACGGCGGUGCAGAGUGGCGAGAGCAAAACAGGCGGCGGCGGCGGCGGCGGCGGCGGCGGCGCACAGGUCUACUAUGGACCCUAUGGACUGGCAGGAGCGACGGAAUCGGUGGAAUGACGAACUUCCGCGGAGCUUGUCAAACGUUGGUUUCUUCUACAGUAGGCAGGAUGUUGUGCGAUGACAUCAGCGGGGGGCUGGAACGGCGCCCCGUCUCUUUCGUCAACGAGCUGGACGACCAGGAUCUGCCGUACUUCGAGUACACGCCCUGCAACGUCCCGGGACCGGGAUGCGAGGAGCGGGAGUUCUGCGAGGCCUUCCCGGGCUGCGACUGCGAGCCCGAGUGCCGACCUCCGUGCGUCUGCAUCGCCCGCAGCGGCAGGGCGCUCUGCCCGGCCGUCGAGUGCUCCCCGCUGUGUCGCUGCGACGAGACCUGCCCCAACCGGAAGGUGCAGCGCGGCAUCUGCUUCCGGCUCCAGGUGUUCAAGACGACGGCCAAGGGGUUCGGCGUGCGGACGCUGGAGCCGAUCGCGCGAGGCAGCUACGUGUGCCCGUACGCGGGGGAGGCGAUCGGGCUGCGGACCGCGAGGGAGCGCGUGCGCGGACUGGACCCGCACGAGCCGAACUACGUGAUGGCUCUGCGGGAGGGGGGCCGAAUAGCCCUGGUGGUGGACCCCUCGAGAGUGGGCGGCGUGGGCCGCUUCCUGAACCACUCGUGCGAUCCCAACUUGGAGAUGGUGCCGGUACGGGCGCAGUGCGUGGUGCCCGAGCUCUGCCUUUUUGCGCGCAGGGACGUGGGGCCGGGGGAGGAGCUCACCUACGACUACUCGGGGGGCUCGGACGGGCGCGGCGGAAGGCCCUGCCUGUGCGGCACCCCCGCCUGCCGCGGCCAGCUGCCCCUCGACGUCGACGUGCUCGGCGUCUGAGCUCACGGGGGCGCCCCCUGGCUCCGGUCCUUGAUGCGGACGCUCCUUCUACCCCUACCCAGACUUGCGCGACACUAAGAGAGUCGGGCCCAGCCUCAGGGCACGUAACAGAUGUCCUUUUUGCACCCUGAGUGCGGAUAGUGGUGAAUUCUUGUUCGCACUCCGAGUGCGAAUUUUCGCUGGAUUCUGUGAGAUCCAUCAAGUGUGCGGGGAGUGCCACUAGUGAUGGCACUGUGUCGCGAAGGUGUUCUCUCGCUUUUGUUCUACGAAUAAAAAUGGGGAGCUGAAAGUAAACAUGUAUUGACUUGUGUCUACAGACUAAAACGUACCUAAACCCACGCCCUGCCGCUGCUUUUAUACACGCGCUGCGUACGUUAUAAAACAGAAGACAUAAUGACAGCGGAGAAUUGCUCGGAACUUUCUAGAGAGAUGAAUGAAAGGAAUGACUAGCGGACUUCGAUCCCCGUUCCUCUGCGUGGCAGCCGCGUUCGUUGCCGAUUCGGUCAGGCACGCGGCAUUGCGAUGCAUGGGCAGCAGUUAUCGAAAGCAUCUACUCAAACAUUCUGCGUACCGUGUGCCCACUGCCCACACCUG